CUUGCUCCCUCUCCCCCUCUCUCCCUAUCAUUAUAUGGCUCUGCCCGCGGUGCAUUUCACCAUCUUGAAACAACUGGCCCAACGACUUCCUCCCCAAAUGGGUUCAACAAAGGCCUUGUCCUGUACCUUUUCGCCGCCGAUCGUAUUUCCUUUUUUUUCUUCCUUUUUUUUGCCACUUAUCUGUUCCGUGCCUUCCUUCCGGGUCGGUCGAGGGAAUAAAGGUCCUUGGACAUGAGUAUAUCAGGAGGGCGACGCUACCCAGCUGACCAUUAGCACCGUAGCAGCUGGAACACACACCAUGAAGCGCACUGGAAUAAGUUUGGUCCUGACGGUGCUCGGGGUGCUGGCGCUGGCCGACAAGCCCCCGACGGGCCCGGAGGUCCACCACAUCACGGGCCAAGAGGGCUUCGACUCCUUUGGCAAGACCGUGGCCGGCACGCCCAUCUACGGAGGCGCAAAUCACGAUAUCGGCGUCGCCAGCCACCCCGUCAGCUAUGGCCACGCCCCCUCCCACGGCUAUGGCGCCCCUCCCCCCUCCCACGGCUACGGCGCCCCUCCCCCCUCCCACGGCUACGGCGCCCCUCCCCCAUCCCACGGCUACGGCGCCCCUCCCGCCCUCCAGACCGUCUACAUCGCCUAUGAGCCGCCCCAGCCUGCCCCUCAGUACCACGUCAAGGUCAAGUCUAAUCCUCUGAAGGAAUUGGACAAGAAGAUCAAGGAUUACGCUUCCAAGUUCACCAAAUUCAUGUCAGACUACAUGGACCUGAACACCUACUCAGAGGAGUCCUACGAUCCUGUGUACGUAGCCCCCGCCCAGUCCUACGGUCCCCCACCUACCUCCUACGGUGCUCCCCCCACGUCCUACGGUCCUCCCUCCCACUCCUACGGCGCCUACGAGGCCUACGAGGCUCUCCCUGUCUACGAGGAGGAGGAGGAGUCCUUAGGGAAGAAGAUCGCCAAGGGCUUCGAGAACGCGAAAAAGACGAUGGCCAAGUGGGAGGAGAAGGCGAGGAAGAAGGUUAAGGAGUUCUUCAGCUACGACGAAGAGCCAGAGGAAGUCUAUUACGAAUACGCCCCCGCCCCCGUCUACCACGCUCCCGCCCCCUCGUACCACGCCCCCGAGCCCGUUUACCACGCCCCGCCCCCCACCCACUACGGCGCUCCCUCCGUGGGCGGCGGCGGCAAGGGCAAGGGCGGCGGCAAGGGCUUCGGAGGCGGUCUCUUCGGUGGCGGCUUCGGUGGCGGCUUCGGCGGCGGUCUCAAGGGCGGCCUCGGCGGCGGUCUCAAGGGCGGCCUCGGCGGCGGCCUCGGCGGCGGUCUCAAGGGCGGCCUCGGCGGUGGGCUCAAGGGUGGCUCAAAGGGCGGCAAGGGCGGCGGACACUCCAUUGGAGGCGGUGGAUACCAAGCCCCAGUCAUUCAACCCACCUACGGCGCCCCUCCCCCCGCCUCCUACGGCCCCCCACCACAGCCCCCCUCAAGCUCCUAUGGCGCCCCUAUCGACCACCACGUCCCUUCAGGACACCACGCCCCUUCAGGACACCACGCCCCUUCAGGACACCACGCCCCCAUAGCACACCACGGCCCCGUCGUGCCCGAUCACGGCACCUCCUCCUACGCCUCUUAAGCGAAGGCUCCCCCAACCCCUUCCCCCUUCCUUCCCUCCCCCACCCCGUCCCACACCCCCUACGCAAACGGCCCCGCUCAUGUGCUCUGUGUCUUCCUCUCGCCUCCUCCUUCAGACAGGAAAACCGCUUGAACUGCGUCUCUGCCCAGGAGACGAUGAUGAGCCUCUUCCACUGCAUGGUUGUGAUAGUCCAAAUUGCUCUCUACUUCUUUACUGACUCCGAGCUGCGUGGGAGCGCCUCUGCCUGUUCAUUUCCUUCUGUCUUCUUUUCUUUUCUUUUACUUCUCCUUCUCUGGUUUUCCUUUUCAUUCUCUUCCUACGUUAACUCCUCGAUUCCUUUCUCUUAUUCCUCUCUCUCUUGCUUCUUCCUCCUCUUCUUCAAAGAAAAACGGAGGACUUUUGCUAGCUUGGACUAAGGUACAGCGAAUAUUUCCCUCGUACAAACAAUAGAUGUCAAAAUUAAAAAAGAAAUAUUGAUAGACAACCGCCUCCCGAAUACAGUAGUAUAUCCUUUCGUCUCCACAAAAGGUCGGGUCUUCCGUUUUCUUUAGCCUCACAGUUCCCCCUCGGUGAGCCUGUUUGAUUACAAAUAUUUUCUAGAAUAGAUAUGUUUUAGGUUAUUUUCAUAAGCAUAUUAGAGCUGCGCUAAUGUUUCUUUUUUAUCUUGCUAGUCAAGAUUUAACAUACUAUAUUAGUUAAAAUUUGCAAAAAAAAAAGAAAAGAAAAAAAUGUUAUCAUUACUAACCUAGUAUUUUUGUUAUAUUUUCAUAUAUUUAUAAGAGAGGAAUCUUUAAAUGAUAAUCUCUACCAGAGUUAAGUUGCAACAGUUAAUUUAUCACAAGAAUUCGCUUGUAGUACCGUGGGAACUUUUAUGGAAAUAAGCAUAAAAGUUUGACCUUUAACCUGAGCCAAACCACGUACUAUAAAUGAUGACCUUAUGUGUAUGCUUGGUACUUUAUAGUUUAUUA